AUGAACCAUCGGCACUUGUCCACCCUCUUUCACCUCCCACGGCUCGUCCACCUUUCCACCCUCGGCCCAUACCAGACCCAUCAGCAGGCGGGUGCUGCAAGCGUGACGCUGCCGUCUUUCCUAAAAUCGCUCAUUUUUUUCAAAUCUUGUCCUAGUCUCAACACCAUCUUCUCAUCGGCAUCGCCCGCCACCGGUUUAGAGGAGCUGAUGAUAAGCAACUACACUGAGCUGACGAGCCUUGCAGAGCCCAUUGGAGACUUAUUGCCGUGCCUUCGCAAGCUAACCAUCCUACCCACGCGGCUGGACAUACUCGUGGGACUCAAGAGGCUGGAGCUGACGGGGUGUGAGGAGCUGAGUAGACCCCCUGCUCAUCUGCCCACCUCUCUUGAGACGCUCUGUCUGGGGUCCUUCAGGAGAGGUGCUUCCCAUGUGGUGGACAUCUCCCAGCUGUCGCAGCUGAGGGUGCUGAAGCUGAACUGCGUUGGGGUGCGAUGCGGGCGUGCAGUGAGCAGCAGGUUCUCGUGUCCGCAACAGCUGGAGAUACUGGAGAUGUAUUUGGAACGUGACAGUCAGGAGCUCCCAGUUUUCCUGACCUCAAUUUGUCUCCCUAGCUUGCGCAGCCUGCUGAUAUGUGCGCCCAGAGUUUGCAGCCUCCCAGUAAACAUGGUGACAGCAUUUCCGCAACUACUGCAUCUGCGGCUUCUUUCCUGGUUACCGGAGGAGCUGCCUGGAGUUUUACUGGAGCUGCGUUCGCUGACAUCACUUGCGAUUGAAGCACCUCAGCUGGUGGCGCUACCUCAGGGCAUGAGCUGCUUGUCUCGGCUGCGCAAACUGGAGCUUAUUGGCUGCAGCGCAUUGGAGCACCUCCCCGAAUCUCUCACCCAGCUGCACCACCUGAUACUCAACUGCACCUCCGUCCCCUACCUUCCUCCCAUUUUUGUGCGCCUGCGUAGAUAG